AAUUGCACAGCAGAGCGUGACCUCACUGCAUUCUGCACAGCUGUGCGAGCGAGCAAAUAGAGAGAGAGCGAGGAGAAAUAGAAGAGAGAGCGAGAGGGGCUGCCUGGUUCCCUGCACGGGCUCUGUUGUGGGAAAUUGUGCAUUUAAACAGCCUUACGCCGAUAUGCAUUCUUCAGUUUCUGGUGCAUUACACGCGCAACAAGAAACCAACACCCACUCGGUUAACGUCAUUAAUAACGCAGUGUGAGAUGGACGAGUCGUCACUGUUGGAUCUAUUGGAGUGUUCAGUGUGUUUGGAGCGGCUGGACACUACAGCUAAAGUCCUGCCUUGCCAACACACCUUCUGUCGCCGCUGCUUGGAGAACAUAGUCAGCUCCAGGAACGAACUGAGAUGCCCAGAAUGUCGUAUCCUAGUCGGCUGUGAGGUGGAUGAUCUUCCCGCGAAUAUCUUGCUGGUCCGCCUGCUGGACGGGAUCAAACAGCGGCCACGGACUGGAGGUAGUACCAGGCAGUCCCUGGUGGGAGGCGGGCGGUCGCUGGGCUGUGCAGCCGGGAUCAGUGCCUCUCCCCCGGGCAGUGGGAUCAGGGACCUGCCGGUGGCCACACGAAGCCCCCCGGUCAAGAGUUUACCUAAUCUAACCCUAACCCUGCCCUGUGGGAAGGCUCUCUAUUCCUACGAGGGGAAGGAACCUGGAGACCUGCAGUUUGCAAAAGGGGACAUAAUCAUCCUGCGACGUAAAGUUGACGACAACUGGUACCAUGGGGAGCUGAACAGUUGUCAUGGUUUCCUGCCAGCUAGUUACAUCGCGUUGUUACGGCCGCUGAGCCAAACUCCGCCCACAGGAAAGGCAUUGUACGACUUUGAGGUCAAAGACAAAGAUCAGGACAAAGACUGUCUGGCCUUCUUGAAGGAUGAGGUUCUGACGGUGAUCAGACGAGUGGAUGACAACUGGGCAGAGGGCAUGCUGGGAGAUAAGAUCGGGAUCUUCCCCAUCCUCUAUGUAGAGCUAAAUGAAACAGCCAAACAGUUGAUGGAGAUUGACAAGCCGACACCCAAUCCCGUCCCUGGCCCCAGCUCUGACCCACCCCCCGGCCUCCCAUUGGGUCCCUGCUCCCCUGGCCCCUCCCCUGACCCAUCCUCUGCAGGAAGUGGCAAUGGUGCCCUCCAGAGGCAAGAGGAGGAGAGAAGAGGAGGAGAGGGGAAGAAAAACGCUAAGAAGCGCCACUCGUUCACAGCUAUGAGUGUGACGCAGCGGACAGCCCAGCUCAACAACAGACACAGCAUGGAGAUCUCCCACCCUGUCCUCAUCAGCUCCUCUGACCCCAGGGCUGCUGCACGAAUACAGGACUCUCCCCCUGGUCCCGCUCCCUCCUCAGUAGGAGUUCUGGUUCCUCCCAGAAUGGCUUCAGUCACCUCAGAACUGCUGGCUCAAACCAAGGUCCAACUACCACUCAACAUCUACCUGGCCCUGUAUGCGUAUAAGUCCCAGAAGGCAGAUGAGUUGGAGCUGAGGAAAGGAGAGAUGUACCGCGUCACAGAGAAGUGUCAGGACGGGUGGUUUAAAGGAACCUCUCUACGCACUGCUGCUUCAGGUGUCUUCCCUGGAAACUACGUCACACCCGUAUCCAGAGCUCCGUUUGCGGUGGGUGGUUCCCAGAGCUCCUGUCUCUCGGGGCAGGAGGUGGGAGGGGUGGGACAGGGGAGUAAGGCAGCCUCCCCCUCCUCCGCCGGCCCCUCCUCCUCUCGUCCCUCCCCUCCUCCCUCUUCCCCCCAGUCUGCCGCUGCUCAGCUGAAGAACUGCCUUCGCUUUGGACAACAAACAGUUAACCAGACCCGCUCUGCCAUGCAACUGGUCCACAGCCCGCCCUCCAGCAGCCCAGAGCGUCCCACACCCACCGUCUCUCCUCUCCGACCUCAGAGAUCCUCCCCGUCGCGCUCCGCUGGCCAAUCUGCUCGCCCAAUGUCCAUGGUGUCCCCUGGCCCUUCCCCCCUCUCCUCCCCUGCUUCGCGCCCUCUCUCCUGCCUCUCUUCGCCCCUCAUCCCACUUUCCUCCCCUCUCUCCUGCCUCACCCCUCCCAACGCCAGUGCCGCCGUGCUCAACGGAGAAUCAACCAAUCCCUUCCAACCGUCCUCGCCUGGCCCCUCCCACAGCAACGCCCCAAAACCAGAGAAGAAGGAGAAGAAAGGAGGUCUGCUAAAGCUUCUCUCUGGAGCCGCGGCCAAGAAAAAGGCAUCUCAUUCUCCCCCGUCCUCCCCACCAACCCUCCCCCUGUCGGGUGCCGUCCUCCCACAUCACACCCGCUCUGGCUCCUGUCCAAUGGAUGCCCAGGGGCGUGCCGGGUCUUGUCCAAUCGAGAGUGAGAUGGCGGGGGCAAUGGGGUUAGAGCUGCUGAACAGGAAGUCAGGAUCCCUCGAUCUCAACUUCCCCCGGUCGCCCCCGAUGACCCGCCCCGGGAUCGCACUGCUAGCUCUCCGGCCUGAACCCAAACCACUGUCCAGAGAGAGGUAAAC